AUGUUUGUUCCAGAGCUCGAGAGAAUCGAGGAGGUUUCGGAGAAGGAUAAGCAGGAGGAGAAGGAGGAGGAUGAGAAGGAUUUAGAGAAGGAGGAGGACGCCUGCACCAAUGACAAUAACGGCGUAAAACCGGAAGUGAAGGAGGGGGGCCAACAGCAGCAGCAGCAAAUGAUGUGAAUAAAUGCACCUAUGACCAGAAUUUCCAGGCAUAGACCGCGCACCGUUUGCAGCGUCAUAAUUACUGACUGAGGUGAAUUCGAAUAGCUGAGGGUUAUCGAUAAUGUGCAAGUCGGCUUUCAAGUGCCAAGAUGGCAGCGUGGCGGUCGAACGUGUGCACAUGCAUGCACGAGGCGAAGUUGAGUUGUUUAGGAAACUUCUGACCCAAAGUUAGUGGUGGUUUUUGUCGUGGUGGUGGUUGUGGUGGUUUUUGUCGUGGCGGUGGUGGUGAUGGUGGUGGUGGUGUUGGUGGUGGGUUUGGUGAUGGUGGUUGUGGUGAUGGUGUUGGUGGUGGUGGUGAUUGUGGUGGUGGUGGUGCUGGUGUUUGUGGUGUUGUUUGGGGUCGUGGUGUUGGUGGUAGUGUUGCUGAUGGUGGUUUUGGAAAUUGUGUUGGUGGUCCUUUGGGUGUUGUUGUUACUGUAUAUGCUAAGGCAUAGCUCAGGUGCAGGUUAUUAUAUUAUUUUUAAGUUUGUUCCAGAGCUCGAGGGAAUCGAGGAAGUUUUGGAGGAGGAUGAGCAGGAGAAGGAUGAUUGCGGGAAGGAUGAGGCGGAGAAGGAUGACGAUGAGGACGCCAGCAUAAAUGAAAAUCACGGCGUAGAACCGGAAGUGAUGGAGGGGGCCAGCAGAAGCAGCAGUAUAAUGUGCACGCUGGUGGAGACGCGGACUGUCCUGUCGUCGUCUCAGAGGUAA